GGAGUCCUGAGUUGUGGUCUUGUUUGGUGAAUCAGCGGGUUGGCAGGCAGACAGGGACUGGGUUUUCAGAUGACAAUCCUGGGCACAAAGAAAACAGGUUUACCGAAAUCAAGUGAAUCAAGCAAUGCUUGAGGGUCAAAAGCGCAUACUACCACAGUAGCUGUGACAACGAUCCAACGAGGAGUGGUUGGAAAGCCGGGUUGAAGCGCAGGAUGAUAAGGUUAGGAUGGUGUGUGAAAUGCAGCAUCUGGUAGGGGAGGAAUCGCUGGUCCCUCUGCCUCGCGGGACUCUGGCCAGAACGUGUGCCUGCUUCCUGGCUGCCAUGGUGGCGGCACUCCUGUUGAUGAUGGCGCCUGAGGACUUAAUCGGGCUGGUUGCCACGUCGAUGCUCAUGCUGACUUCGGGGCCCUUGCUGCACGGGGUUUGUCUCCUGAUGGAAGAGUGGCUGCUCCGCUCAUCUACUCGGUGCCGCGGUAGAUUGCUGACAGGGCAGAUGCUGCUCUCCUGUGUGAGGGGGCGUACUCUGCUGAGCCUGGGGCUUGCAGGGCUGCUGCUGGCCCUGGAGGGGGAUCAUCAGACAAAGGGGGGUCGCUGGAAACUGGUGGUGCUGCUCUCUGUACUCUACAUCCCCCUCAAGAAUCUGGGAAUACUGGGACCAUGUCCGGUGGAGGUGUCUGCCAUCUGUGAGGAGAAGAAGAACAAUGUAGCCCACGGUUUGGCCUGGUCAUUUUACCUGGGCUACCUCAAGCUGGUGCUGCCCCAUUUGGAGAAUUCAAUUGCGUCGUUCCGCACCACACACCCUGCUGGCCCGUUUGAGAAGCGGGGCUCCAGAAGACUCCUUCUACUCAUGCCCCUCACCGCCAACAUCGCUCAGAAGCUGGAGGAUGAGGACACAAACAUUCAAUAUUAUGACAACCUCCCCAACAUACAGCUGGACAGAGCAGGGGUCAGGGGGCGGGUCUACAAGCACAGUGUCUACAGUGUAUUGGACGAGAAUGGAAAGUCCCACCAGUGUGCCGUGGAGUACGCCACCCCUCUCAUGACGCUCUACCAGAUGUCCCAUGAGAGCAACUCAGGUUUUGGAGAGAGAGAGCGGAGAGAGCAGGUGCUGCGGUUCUACAGAACCCUGCAGGACAUCCUGGAGCAUUCACUGGACUGCAGGAACCGCUACACACUCAUCCUUCUCAAUGACGAGCGUGAGGAUGACCCUCAUUUCCUGUCCAAGACCAUCCUCAGCCACCUGCUGCAGCAGGAGAAGGAGGAGUACUGUCUGACCCCGCACCCCCAGCAAGAUGUUGGCCAUAUAUUGGCACCUGCCCUGCCUGGGGGGGACCACCGGUGCAGUGAUGCACCAAUGAGCGUAGAUCCGGAACUCAUGAUCAGCCAGGACCUGCCCAGGUCUCUCAGGGACCCUGUAGAGACCUCAGAUGAGUAGCGUUCAUGUGUAGACUGUGGGAGAAAUAAGAUUUCUUAUGUGUUUUCAUAAAUCACAGUCAGUAAAUCAUCUAUUCGUUUCAUCGGUCCUAUUAUCCAUUCAUAUGUGUGUCCCUAUUGUAACCUAUUGUAUUUUGAUGACAGACAGUUCUGGGAUGUAGUAUCUGCCUGCCUUUGAAAACAAACAGUUUUUUGGCUGUGUUAUCUUAGUUUUUUUUCUAUUCAUUAUAAACACUUUAGAUAUAGCACAUAUACAACCUGUUAAUCAACCCUCCCUCAACAAUUUGACUUCCUCUUUUCUGACUUUCAAAUAUGCUCUAAAUAUGCUAUAAAUUGUGUUUAGUUUAGAGGAGGAGGGCCUCAUAUAAGCUUUCAACGCUUCUUAACUGCACCUGUUUUAUCCAUUGUUUUUUAAUAAUUUUUGUAUAUAAUAUUUUGUGGAAAAAAAAAAUCUAUAUUACAACUAGAGAACUCUGAAAAAUAAGGAUUUAGGUAUGAGUGAAGAACCUGGGUGCUAGGUAAUAAGAUUUAGUUUGGAAUAGGGUGUGCCUUAGGCUUGGGAGGGAGACGGGGAGUGAGGAGGCCGACAGUCACGAGCCACACAGACAUGUCAGUGUCUGGAACCCCUCCCUGGGUCACGUGUGUGAACACGCUUCAUUAUCUAGAAUGUUCCUUUUUCCACACCUGGCAGGCCAUGAUUACACCAGAUAUUACACCUGAUUGUCAUGCUCUCUGCCACCUAGUGGCAGUUUGUUGUGUUGUUUGUGUUUCCCGGUUGUGGGUGUGGCCAUGGUCUCCAGUCCCAAUUACCCACUCACUCUGCCUCACACACACAAAAGUAUAUUCUUAUAGAUACUGUGAGCCCACAGUGUUGAUCUCCCUGACCACAGGUCUUUUGGUCAGUGUGUGAGAGGGAGAAGAGAUAAGAUGAGACGAGGAGUGCUGUAAUCAAUUUUGGGUUACAGGCUAACACGGCCACAGGCCAUCCUGUGAUUGUCCAGCCAGGUGAUUAGAACUCGGGGCCAGUUUUACCAGUUUUUCCUCUGAAGACUGAGAUGGAUAGAUACCUUGUUUAUCUUGUUUGGUCUAUCAGGUCUAUCAGUCAGAACAUCAGCCAGACAGACAGUCAGCAAACCAAACAGACCGACAUUCAGUCAGACAAGCCGACAGACAGUUUAGUCAAUCUUACUUGCUAUUCUGUGUCAUUUCCCUUUAAUUUCUACAUGCACUUCCUCUUUGGCAAUCAUCAUUAUGACACCAGGUAGAAAACCUAAGAAGAUGAUUGGCUGUGGUGCUGAGGUAAAGGUGAGGUCAUACACAGGGAAUUUCCCGGCAUUGACUCAACCUAAUGUGUCAUUCAGAACUCAGCUCUCUGAGCUAGUUCAUGCUUAUUGUCACGUUUAAAACAUGUUGCUUAAGAUAAGGAGAGGAUUUUUUAUUUCUGAACAUUACAUGGAUUGUGUGAUUAAAAACAGAAUGGUGUCAAAACAUGAA